AUGAAACGUCCCCGCUGCGGGGUCCCGGACCAGUUUGGGGCACGGAUGAAGUCCAACAUGCGGCGGAAGCGGUACGCGCUGACGGGGCGGCGCUGGAGCCAGAGCCAUCUCACCUUCAGCAUCCAAAACUACACGGAGAAGCUGGGUCGGUACCACUCGUACGAGGCUGUCCGCCGAGCUUUUCGGGUGUGGGAGCAAGCCACGCCGCUGGUUUUCCGGGAGGUGCCCUACGAGGACAUCCGGCAGAAGCGGAAGAAGGAGGCCGACAUCAUGGUGCUCUUCGCCUCCGGCUUCCACGGAGACAGCUCCCCCUUCGACGGCGUUGGGGGGUUUUUGGCUCAUGCCUAUUUUCCCGGUCCUGGCAUGGGCGGGGACACGCAUUUCGACUCGGAUGAGCCCUGGACGCUGGAGAACACAGAUGUGUCUGGGAACAACCUUUUCUUGGUGGCCGUGCACGAGCUGGGGCACUCGCUUGGCUUGGAGCACUCCAGCAACCCCAGCGCUAUCAUGGCCCCCUUCUACCAGUGGAUGGACACAGAGAACUUCCAGCUGCCCGAGGAUGAUCUCAAGGGCAUCCAGCAGCUGUACGGUACCGCGGACGGGCACCCUCAGCCCACCAAGCCUUUGCCCACCGUGACACCCCGGAGACCUGGCAGGCCAGACCAGAGACCCCCUAAACCGCCCCCCCCGGGGAAACCGGAGCGACCCCCCAAACCUGGCAGCCCAGACCGACCUGACCAGUACGGCCCCGACAUCUGCGACGGGAACUUUGACACGGUGGCGGUGCUGCGUGGGGAGAUGUUUGUGUUCAAGGGCCGGUGGUUCUGGAGGGUCCGGCACAACCGGGUGCUGGACAACUACCCCAUGCCCAUCGGGCACUUCUGGCGGGGCCUCCCCGGGGACAUCGAUGCUGCCUACGAGAGGCAUGACGGGCGGUUCGUCUUCUUUAAAGGUGAGAGCGGGGAAGCUGGGUGGGAGGGCCAAGGUGCAGGGGGGACCCCAGUGUCCCCCCAAGCUGCUGAGAGCUGGGUUUCACUGGUCCCGGAGCAAAACCUGCUGUCCCAGGUACCUGCAGGGGUGCCCAGGUUGUGGGGUGCCCUGCGCCUGCCCGCUUACCCCUCACCUCCGUCUUCUACCCCCCCAGCCUCCACCUACUUCUACAGAGGCACAAAGUACUGGAAAUUCGACAAUGAGCGGCUCAGGACAGAGCCGGGAUAUCCCAAAUCCAUCCUACGGGACUUCAUGGGCUGUCACACGGAGCUGCUCCCAGCCCCCCAUCCCCGCUGGCCCGAUGGGGACCGACCCCCCUUCAACCCUGACGGGGACGGGCGGGCUGAAGGCAAGGAGGAGGAAGAGGAGGAGGAGGAGGAGGAAGAGGAGGAGGACGAGGAGGAUUACGGCGAGGGCGGCCACCAGCCCGGCGGGGACGUGGACGUGGUGGUGCAGAUUGACGAGUACACGCGCACCAUGAGCGUCGUCAUGGUGCUGGUGCUGCUGGUGCUGCUGCUCUGCAUCCUCGGCCUCAUCUAUGUCAUCGUCCAGAUGCAGAGGAAGGGCACGCCCCGAAUGCUCUUGUACUGCAAGCGCUCCUUGCAGGAGUGGGUCUGACCCUGGCUCCCUCCCCAAACCGCCCCACCACCAUGGUGCUAACGAUGGACCUGACCUCCCCCUCCCCUUACCCCUCCCCACGGCCUCGGCCCCUCUCGCCCCAUUGUUGCUUGA